ACCUCCAUUCCUGCUAACGUCUUUUCUCUUGGUUCUCUUCCUCUUGUGAAGGCUGGAAGCCCCUCAGGCUUUCUACACCUCCCAGACAAUGACAAAGAAAACUUUGAGAUGGCUGAUGUGACUGAACUCCAUCAAGCAGCUGCGCUUGGGGAUUAUGACUUGGUGUCUGAGAUCCUGAAGAAGGAGUUGUAUGAUCCAAAUUAUAAGGACAUUGACUGGAAUGACCGGACUGCUUUGCACUGGGCUGCAGCCAAAGGCCAGUCUGAUACAGUGAAGCUAUUGAUAGAUUAUGGUGCUCGGCCUUGUCUCAGGACAGACAUUGGUUGGACUCCAGCACACUUUGCAGCAGAAUCGGGAAAGCUGAGCGUUCUCCGUACUCUCCAUUCACUGCAUGCUCCCAUUGAUGCUACAGACAUACAUGGCGACACCCCUCGCAGAAUUGCAGAGAUAUACGGUCAUAGAGACUGUAUGAAGUUCCUGGAGAUAGCAGAGGUGGAAUGCAGAGAUUAUCGCUUGGCUGCAGAGCUGGAAGGAAGCCCCUUGGAUGAAGUGGAUGAGGACUGGGAGGCGAAGAAACAUGAACUUUUCACUUCACUUAGCAAAAAGAUGAAGAAUCGCACAACCAAGCCAAAAAAAUAUUCUAACCGGCCUCUCUUUGGUCAAAAGUCCUGCCAAACACAUUCUAGAAAACCAUUAACUUAUGCACACAUACGUGAUCAUAUAAAUACUAAGUAA